AUGGAAAAUAUUUUGAUGUUUGGCAGUGUUCCGAAACUUUGUGACUUCGGACUAACUACUGAUCUUUCAGGAAGACGUGGAGUUUUUCAAAUGGGAUAUGUAAGACGCGGCUCGCAAAGAAUGUCGCCCCGUUUAUAUGCUGGUUCUCCUGGCUUUGCCGCUCAGCAGCAAAUAUCAACAGGGAUGUUCGCUUUUCAUUCACUUUGGAUCUUUUUAUCUUGUGAUUGGUGGACUGCUUGGACACUUUUAUAUAAACCAGUUACCCAGAUAGAAUGGCAUAAAAUUGAUAAAAUUGUAAAGAUAAAUGUUGAUGAGUUAAUUAGUAGAUUUCGGCAGAACGUUUUCGAUAAUCAUUUGUCAAACGACAAACAGAAGAAAGAUAAGAUACCGCAGGUCACAAAAACGCUAAAGGAGCUCUUCAAAUUUGUGUCGCCUCGCAAAAAUCAAAAUCAAUCUCAUGAUUUAAUUAAUAUGGUUGGAUCAGAUCUGUUGUCCUUACCCAAAGAAAAUGACUGUAAUCCAGCCAAAAUCGCAAAACUAGAAUCAUCGUUUGCGAAACUUGCAAUAAGUCUUGAUAAAAUCAAUUAUAAAUUGGAACUUCAAAAAGAAAAAAUUGAAAAAGAAACAGAAGAUUUGAAAAACAGAAUCAUAUCAGAUGCAAUGAACACGUUUGGACAAAAUGUCAGAACUCACACCGAAAUGUUAGAAUACGAAUGUGCGAUCGCGAGACUUACCGAGCAUCUAGAUGGUCUGAAUUUGCAUCAAUUAAGAAUUUUUGCUAGAGAUUGUCUGAAUCCUACAGAAUCAUCAAAAUCGACGGCGCCAUCGGACCAUAGACGUCUUGAUCUCUCUUCAAGAGGGGUCUCUCAGCUCAUUCCUCAGGAAGAUAAUGACAAACGUGAAGAUAAGAAUGUGAAAGGAUUGAUGCAAGACAAACAAGAACGAUGCAUCGCACAUUUUAUAGAGAUGGGAUUCGACGAACACGAUGUCAAUCUCGCGUUUGAAGUCUGCGAAGGAGAUUCCAACCAAAUGUUUGACUUACUUACGAGUUUAACGGAAUUUAAUUCAUGA